UAUAAAUUAUCACGUACCAGGGUUUCGAUGUUCGUCGACACCCAGAACGAAAAGUGUCGUCAUUGUCAUCCUCUUCCUCUUCAACUCUUAAACACCGUACAUCGCUGCCGUUUCUCACUUCGUACCAGUGAUUAGAUACUGAGGCGAAAUGAUUGGUUGGUUAAUUGAAUGAUAGAAGAAGAUGCAGAUAAUCUUGUAAUAAGGUUGUCGUUAUUAUUAUUGUUGGUGUUGAUAUUAUGGCUCAGCAAUCCUCGCGGCUCAAUCGUUUACUCACUUUGUUGGACACUGGUUCAACACAAGGGACAAGAUUUACAGCUGCCCGGCAGAUUGGGGAUAUUGCAAAAUUGCAUCCUCAAGAUUUGAGUCCUCUAUUGAGAAAGGUUUCUCAAUAUCUUCGUAGUAAAAAUUGGGAUACAAGGGUGGCUGCUGCUCAUGCUAUUGGGGCUAUUGCUCAAAAUAUUAAGCAUACAUCUAUGACUGAAUUAUUUGCUUCUGUGGAGACAAAGAUGUCUGAAGCUGGGAUAUCUGGUACUGUUGAAGAUGUGGUGGCAUGGCCUAAUUUUCAUUCUAAAAUUGUAACAAGUGUUUCAUUUAGAAGUUAUGAUAUCAAUAAGGUAUUGGAGUUUGGUGCUUUAUUAGCAUCAGGGGGACAGGAGUAUGACAUUGCAAUUGAUAAUUCUAAGAAUCCUAGGGAUCGAUUGGCGAGGCAGAAGCAAAAUCUUAAACGCCGUCUGGGUUUGGAUGUAUGUGAGCAGUUUAUGGAUGUCAAUGAUAUGAUCAAAGAUGAAGAUCUUAUUGUACACAAAUUACAUUCCCAUGGAAAUGGUUCAGACCGUAGAUUUUACACGUCUCCUUCUGUGCGUAAUAUCCAACAGCUAGUUUCAAGUAUGGUUCCCAGUGUCAUUUCUAAAAGGCCAAGUGCAAGAGAAUUGAAUCUCUUAAAGCGAAAAGCAAAAAUAAAUUCGAAAGACCAAGCGAAAGGUUGGUCUGAGGAUGGGGAUAUGGAAGUCUCUAAUGCUCAUAGUGCAACAACUGUGAAGGGAUCACAUGUUGAUCCAUUGAGUUCAAAUAAGGUGGAGGUUAUUCCAGAGGAAGACAACUUAGAGCAAGAUGGAGAUGGGCAGUGGCCGUUUCAUAGUCUUGUUGAACAGCUAAUCCUUGAUAUGUUUGAUCCUGUUUGGGAGGUUCGCCAUGGUAGUGUUAUGGCAUUGAGAGAAAUCUUGACUCAUCAUGGUGCUUCUGCUGGAGUGUUAAUGCCUGAUUUGAGCCCUGAUGGUGCACUAGAUGUUGACUUUAAGGACAAAGGCUUUUCAACUGCAGUGAAGAGAGAGAGAGAAAUUGAUUUAAAUAUGCAAGUUCCAGCAGAUGAUUCAGAGCCCAAUCUGAAAAAGAUUAAGUUUGAAGAGGCGCCAACAAAGCUGAUGGAUGCAUUGGUCUCUCCUGUAAAGUCUGAAAACUUUGACAUCAACAUGAAGGUUGAAGAUGGAUGCACUUUACCUGCACAGCAGGUCAAUGGCCAAUUUGAUCCUGGCUCUAUUAAGUUGGAGUCAGAAUCUAAUCUUGAUGGUCUAUUUUGUCAGUCCAAUGAAGAUGUACACAUGGUAGAACCGAAGGGUUAUUGUGAUGUUAAGCAGGCCUCUUUCAACUCUGAUAUGUUGAAAAAUCUUCCUGAAAACUGUGAGUUGAUGAACUGGUUAAAACUAGUUCGGCAUUCAUGGCAGAAAAAUUGUGAAUUUCUUCAAGACUGUGCAAUUCGUUUCUUAUGUAUAUUAUCGCUAGAUCGGUUUGGAGAUUAUGUAUCUGAUCAGGUUGUUGCUCCUGUACGUGAAACCUGUGCUCAAGCAUUAGGUGCUGCUUUUAAGUAUAUGCAUCCCUCCCUAGUUCAUGAGGCAUUGUAUAUCUUGCUGCAAAUGCAGCAUAGACCUGAAUGGGAAAUUCGUCAUGGAAGCCUCUUGGGCAUCAAGUACUUGGUAGCUGUGCGGCAGGAGAUGCUGCGGGAUCUUCUUGGUUAUGUUCUUCCUGCAUGUAAAGCUGGGUUGGAGGACCCUGAUGAUGAUGUCCGAGCAGUUGCUGCAGAUGCUUUAAUACCUGCUGCAGCUGCUAUUGUUGCUUUAGAUGGUCAAACAUUGCAUUCGAUUGUGAUGCUACUUUGGGAUAUAUUGCUUGAUUUGGAUGAUCUUAGCCCAUCCACUAGUAGUGUGAUGAAUCUAUUAGCGGAAAUCUAUUCGCAGGAAGAGAUGAUUCCUAAAAUGUUUGGAGCUACAUCCAAAGAUAAACAGGAUUUUGAUCUAAAUGAAGUAGUCCGUAAUGAUGAUGUAGAAGGAAGAGACUCUAUGGAAAAUCCUUCCACUUUAUCCAUGCUGGCACCCCGUUUAUGGCCUUUUAUGAGGCAUAGUAUCACAUCAGUCCGACAUUCAGCUAUAAGUACUUUGGAGCGCCUUCUUGAGGCUGUUUACAAGAGGAAUAUUUCUGAGCUCUCUAGUGGUUCCUUUUGGCCGUCUUUUAUUUUUGGUGAUACACUUAGGAUCGUUUUCCAGAAUCUUCUUUUGGAAUCAAAUGAAGAAAUUCUGCAGUGUUCUGAUAGAGUCUGGAGACUGCUGGUUCAGUGCCCAGUUAAUGACUUGGAAACUGCUGCUGGUUUGUUUAUGUCUUCUUGGAUAGAACUUGCUACCACACCUUAUGGCUCACAGUUAGAUGCGGCAAAAAUGUUUUGGCCUGUGGCUCCUCCUCGAAAAAGCCAUUUUAAAGCAGCUGCUAAAAUGAGAGCUGUGAUGCUUGAGAAUGAGUCAUCUGGAAACAUUAGUUUGGAUCAUAUGAAGGGAAAUAUUCCACAGGAAAGGAACGGAGAUGCCUCCACUAACUCAUUUAAGAUAAUUGUUGGUGCUGAUGUGGAAAUGUCAGUGACUAACACUCGAGUUGUUACUGCAUCAGCAUUGGGAAUUUUUGCUUCUAAGUUGCCUGAGGGUUCUGUGAAAUAUGUGAUUGAUCCAUUGUGGAAUGCCCUUUCCUCGUUAUCUGGAGUCCAGCGUCAGGUGGCAUCCAUGGUUCUAAUUUCUUGGUUUAAAGAGAUAAAAAACAAGGAACUUUCUGGAUCCCCUAGAAUUUUGCCUAUAUUUCCUGAUCAUCUCAAACAAUGGUUGUUGGAUUUAUUAGCAUGCUCUGACCCUACAUUUCCCACAAAAGAUUCACUUCUUCCUUAUGCUGAGCUUUCAAGAACAUAUACCAAGAUGCGAAAUGAAGCUAGCCAAUUGUUACGUGCUGUUGAGGCAUCUGGCAUGUUUACAAAUAUGUCUUCAACAAUUAAAAUUGAUGUAGAAAGCAUGGGUGUGGAUGAUGCGAUUAGCUUUGCAUCUAAACUGCAGCCUGUUUGCAAAGAUAAUGAUGGAAAUGAAUCUUCAGAUAGACAUAUUGUUGAUAAUAUAGAGUCAUUGAAACAGCGACUGCUAACGACUUCCGGCUAUCUAAAAUGUGUUCAGAGUAAUUUGCAUGUCACUGUGUCAGCUUUAGUUGCUGCUGCAGUAGUCUGGAUGUCAGAGCUUCCUACCCGCCUUAAUCCCAUCAUUUUGCCUUUGAUGGCUUCAAUCAAAAGAGAGCAGGAGGAAAUACUGCAACAGAAGGCUGCUGAGGCGCUUGCGGAGCUUAUUUCUCAUUGCAUUGCUCGUAAGCCUAGUCCAAAUGAUAAGUUGAUAAAAAAUAUUUGUAGUUUGACUUGUAUGGAUCCUUGUGAGACACCUCAAGCUGCAAUUAUCAGUUCCAUGGACAUGAUUGACGAUCAAGAUUUCCUCAACUUUGGAAGUAGUACAGGAAAACAGAAGUCAAAGAUUCACAUGCUGGCUGGCAGUGAAGACCGGUCAAGAGUUGAAGGCUUUAUUAGCAGAAGAGGGUCUGAACUCGCAUUAAGGCAUUUGUGUGAGAAGUUUGGUGCUUCAUUAUUUGAUAAGCUCCCCAAACUUUGGGAUUGCCUUACUGAAGUUCUCGUUCCUGGGAAUUCGUCAGAUGAUAAGAAGAUUGCAGAAGCUAUUGAAUCUGUUAAGGAUCCUCAGAUCUUGAUUAAUAAUAUCCAGGUUGUACGUUCCAUUGCUCCAAUGCUGGAUGAAACUUUGAAACUAAAACUGCUCUCACUUCUUCCGUGCAUUUUCAAAUGUGUUUGUCAUUCCCAUGUUGCUGUCCGACUUGCUGCUUCUAGAUGUAUUACUUCAAUGGCCAAGUCAAUGAUAGUAAAUGUUAUGGCAGCUGUAAUUGAAAAUGCCAUUCCAAUGUUAGGUGAUACGACAUCUGUUCAUGCUAGACAAGGUUCUGGGAUGCUUAUCAGUUUGCUUGUUCAGGGACUGGGUGUGGAACUUGUCCCAUACGCUUCUUUGUUAGUUGUGCCUCUUUUGAAGUGUAUGAGUGAUUGUGAUCAUUCUGUUAGACAGAGUGUGACUCGUAGUUUUGCAUCUCUUGUACCACUGCUUCCAUUAGCACGGGGCCUUCCCCCACCUGCAGGGCUCAGUGAAGGUUUGUCCAGAAAUGCUGAGGAUGCACAGUUUUUGGAGCAAUUACUUGACAACUCCCAUAUUGAUGAUUACAAGCUCUGCACUGAAUUAAAAGUCACAUUAAGAAGGUAUCAACAGGAGGGUAUAAAUUGGUUGGCCUUUUUAAAACGUUUCAAGCUUCAUGGAAUCUUAUGUGAUGAUAUGGGGCUUGGAAAGACACUUCAAGCAUCUGCCAUUGUGGCAUCUAACAUAGCUGAGCUUCGUUCUUCAAACAGUGCUGAGGAUGCUCAUCCAUCUUUGAUUGUUUGCCCAUCUACUCUUGUUGGUCAUUGGGCAUUUGAGAUAGAAAAGUAUAUUGAUGCUACUCUAGUUAGUACUCUUCAAUAUGUGGGAUCAGCACAAGAUCGCAUUUCUCUUAGAGAUCAAUUUGAUAAGCAUAACAUGAUCAUUACGUCUUAUGAUGUGGUCCGUAAAGAUGUUGAUUAUCUUGGACAAUGUCUCUGGAGUUACUGUAUAUUAGAUGAAGGUCAUAUCAUUAAGAAUUCUAAGUCUAAAAUUACAGCUGCAAUAAAACAACUGAAAGCCCAGCACCGUCUAAUACUUAGUGGAACACCGAUCCAGAACAACAUUACAGACUUGUGGUCCCUUUUUGAUUUCCUAAUGCCUGGGUUUCUUGGAACAGAGAGACAAUUCCAUGCCACUUAUGGGAAGCCACUGGUAGCUGCUAGGGAUCCUAAAUGUUCUGCAAAAGAUGCUGAAGCUGGGGUACUUGCUAUGGAAGCAUUGCACAAGCAGGUCAUGCCUUUCCUACUCCGUCGAACCAAAGAUGAAGUUUUGUCGGACCUACCUGAAAAGAUAAUACAGGACAGAUACUGUGACCUGAGCCCGGUCCAAUUAAAACUUUAUGAAAAGUUUUCUGGUUCACAUGUUAAAGAAGAACUCUCAAGUAUGGUAAAAAUUGAUGAGUCAGCAGAUAAAGGAGAUGAAAAUAGUGCUACACCAAAAGCAUCUACUCAUGUUUUCCAGGCACUGCAAUACUUGCUGAAACUUUGUAGUCAUCCAUUGCUUGUCCUGAACCAAAAGGUUCCUGAUUCACUUUCAUGCCAUUUGUCAGAACUCUUUCCUUCAGGUUCUGACAUCAUUUCUGAACUACAUAAACUUCAUCAUUCUCCCAAAUUAGUUGCUCUUCAGGAGAUAAUGGAGGAGUGCGGAAUAGGGGUAGAUGCUUCUAAUUCUGAAGAUGCCAUUAAUGUUGGGCAGCACAGAGUUUUAAUAUUCGCUCAGCAUAAAGCCUUUUUAGACAUUAUUGAAAGAGACUUGUUUCAGACCCAUAUGAAGAAUGUUACAUACCUACGCCUGGAUGGAUCAGUUGAACCAGAAAAACGUUUUGACAUAGUGAAAGCUUUCAAUUCUGACCCAACUAUAGAUGCCCUGCUGCUUACAACACAUGUUGGUGGCCUGGGUUUAAAUCUGACAUCUGCUGACACCCUCAUUUUCAUGGAGCAUGACUGGAAUCCAAUGAGAGACCAUCAGGCAAUGGACAGAGCACACCGGUUGGGCCAAAAAAAGGUUGUUAAUGUGCAUCGUCUGAUUAUGCGUGGUACCCUGGAAGAGAAAGUGAUGAGCCUCCAACGGUUCAAAGUUUCGGUUGCCAAUGCUGUCAUCAAUGCCGAGAAUUCCAGUCUAAAAACAAUGAAUACUGACCAGUUGCUUGAUCUAUUUGCAUCAGCAGAAGUGACUAGAAAGGGAGGUAGCGUAUCAAAGCGGUCAAGUGAGGAUGUGGACCCAAAAUUAAUGGGCACAGGGAAGGGGUUAAAGGCUAUACUAGGUGGAUUGGAGGAUCUUUGGGAUCAAUCACAGUACAAUGAAGAGUAUAAUCUGAGCCAGUUUUUAUCAAAGCUCAACGGCUGACCCCAACUGCUUGCAUGUAUAUAUAUAUAUCUUGUAUAUAUCAGGUUUAGUACUAAAAUUUUGACAUUUUCUUAGCUCUAGUUUUUUUUUUUUUUUUCCUUUCAUAUUAUUAUUAUUAUUCUAUCAUAUUUUGUUACCAUUUUUGGCCAUUCUUCUAUCCCCAUUUUUUAAAAAUAUAAUUUUAUUUUCUUAUUACUGGUGUGGGAGGAUGGGGAAGAGUUGGUUUUUGGUAAUACAGCUUGACAUGAGAGAUAAUGUUGAUCAACCAAAGAUGUAAAGUUGAGAUGCUGUAUAUACUUUUAGCUUCCUUUUCUAAUUCUUAAUCAGAAAUCAAUUUACCAAA